GGCUUCAAAGAGGAAACCUAUUCAGGAGCUGACCCUGUGCGAGCGGCAAGGAGAGAACAGGGCACUCCUCCCGCUCACCCCUCCCUUGGCGGUGGCAUACCUACAUCGCGGCAGGCGGGCGACAGAAGCGGCAUGCCAUCCCCCGACCAGCCGCUCUGUGCCGGCGGCGUGGCGCAGUGCACCAUAUGUUUGGAGGAGCUGGGGGAGGGCACGGUGUCGCUGGGCUGCGGCCACCUGCUGCACGCCAUCUGCGUGCUGACAGCACCUCCCACCAUCCUCCAGACCUGCCCACUGUGCCGCCGCGCCAUCGCCCGCGACCGCAUACGCGCUGCCAGCGCCAUGCCUGGAGCGGCGGCAAGCGGGGGAGUGGGCUACCGCACCUAUGCGCAGUGCUCGGCGCAACCUGUGCCAGCAUUCGGCGCUGGUGCAGCACAGCUGCACUCGCUCGUGCUGCUGACGGACGGUGAGGCCACAGACGAAUCGGCCUGUUUUGCCCGGGCGCAUGACGUGAUGAAGAACCCCCCUUUCCCUGACGGCGGCCUCAAGGCCCUGCUCAUGCACAUUGACAGCGACCGUGCAAUCGCCAGCUGCCUGCGCCGCCUGUCGUGCGACGACACAGGCACCCCCCUGAGCCACGUCGAGCUGCUGGAGCAGCAGCUGCCGGCGCGCCUCGACGUGGCCGCCGGCCCCGCGUCGGCUGACUGGCAGGCGCUGCAGCACAUGAGCCAUGCAUCCACUCCUUUGUGGUGGUAUAGCUGGCAUGGGUUACAUCAGCUGAGGGCAGCAGACAGCACAUCUCAUCACGUUCUCUGCUGCUGCUGCUGCUCGCGCUAUUACAUCGUGACCGUCUCUAACUGGUCUUCUUGCAGGACCAGACCGCGACAGAAGACCAAGCAGGCAUACGAGUCCGCCAAGGGAGACCUCAGCGAGUCCGCCCAGCAGGUGAAGGAUCGUGUGGGCAGCGCCGCUGAGGACGCCAAGGACCGGCUGAACGACUUUGCCGAGGACCGCCAGGAGAAGCUCGGCGAUGCCAAGGAGAAGGUCGGCGACGCCCUGUCCAGCGCAGGCGACUCUGCAAAGGACACUUACGAGAGUGGCAAGGAGAAGGCCGGCAGUGUGGCAGACACAGUGGCGGAGAAGGCAAACGCCGCUGGCAACGCUGUGAAGGAGACCUGUGAGAGCGGCAAGGAGAAGGCCAGCGAUCUUGCCGGCCAAGUGGUGGACAAAGUGAAGGAUGCCGGCCACGCAGAAGAGUGGCAGGCAUGCAGUAGCCGGCCCGAGCUAUUGAUCCGCCGCCAACCAGCAGCGGCGGCAGCGGCGCGGCCAUGA